GUCAACUAGAAGUAACCGAUCGUGUCGUGUCGCCAAGCGUUCGCCACAGCGCGAAUAUUUUUGCUUUCGGUCAUAAUAAUUUAGAUGUUUUCGCAAUUACGAAAAUAAACCACUUUGUACGGGUAUCUACGUGUUAGGAAAUUUCAAAAUUGUGUCAUUGUACCCACAAAYUCGAGAUGCGUCCAACGACAGUGCCGAUUUGGCAAUUUUUGCUAAUUUUUGUCGCCGCUUCUCUACAGUCAUUGGUCGAGUGUAAAUCUUUUUUCGGCAUUGGUACGCGCAUCCACAAUGAUCAAUUACUAUUAAAAGACGUACAACAAGCACGUUCGGUCGGCGUCGAUAAGGGGCAAGAAGUUGGCUUUAAUUAUGCCAUUCCAGAGCCCAUAACUUACAUCGAAAUAGUUUCCGAGCAAAACGUUUUGGCCGAUGUCAACUUCAGAUAUCAGGAUAACUUGGUGGAAGGUAGCAUAAUUGCACUUAACAAUGCAAACGCCACGGAAACAACUGAGAGUAUGGAACCAUUUGAAGUGCAGAUAUCUAUUUAUGGAUUCAAUGAUACUGUACUCAAUGUAAAUCCAUCGUAUAUACUGAAUAGAGAUCAGCAAUUCCAAGGCAUACUUGGACCAUAUUCUAGCGAAGACUUUGACUAUGAAAUUGAUGAUGAUGACUUUGAAGAGACGGAUAGGAAGAACACAAGUGAAGAAGCAGUAGAUGAGUUGGAAGAAGAUAUGAGCUAUACCGAUGAUUUUGGCGACCCAGAUAAAAUAAUCGAAUUAGGCAUGCGUCAACCAGAUGAUUACCUAGUGUAUGAGACAUACCAGACGUCACAAACUAACUCACAGGAGCCGUCAAACCACAGCGUUACGUUCUAUUAUAUUGACAGCAAUUUCAUAACCUAUGUGCGUUUCAUAAUAUUUGAUCACACCGUCAACAAGGCGUCAGACGAUUUCACUCCACCAGUAGCCGUGUACACUCACUUCUCUCCCAGUAGCUUGAAAGCUACCAUCACUGACGCCAACACCACUAACCUAUUUGUGCAGAUGCUUAUCUAUGGUUAUCAGCCAGACGAUCUUCCAGUCGGCUACAAGCCAUUUUUAACGAGCGUCCUCGAUUUUACAACUGAAUCGCCGUUAGAGCGUUUGAAAAUGCUACUAAAUGCAAAGUUAAACAAAAACCUCGACGAUUCAGAGGAGAUCAACUUCGAAACAGGGGAGAGAUAUUCAUUUCCCAAUAAUAGCAGCACAACGGAUGUGUCCACCAGAAACUAUGUAAAUGAUUUUGCAGUAUUCAACGUUAUUUUGGUUUGUUUCUUAGUACAUUUAAAUCUCUUUGUAUAAAUUAGUUGUCACAAAAACAAAAUCUAAUGAUAAAAGUAAAAGUGU